UUCAUUUUUGGAAUCCCAAAACGAACCGCUUUAAAGAUUGGUGAUAUUUGUUAAAGUUAUAACAUAAAACAUUUUGGAGCUUGAAAAUCAUUGAAAGGAAUAUGACUGACAUUAACAUUAUGCGUUAGAUAUACAGUGUGAGGAUUAAAACUUUAUUGAAGUAAAGAAAUAAUGCUUUCGUACUAACGAAUAUGUGAGAGAGUGCAUAGAUAACAUGUCAUCCAUACCUGUCUUGUUAGAUCACAGUGAUACGAAACCCUGCUCAAGCCUGAACGAGUGUCGAAGGAGGCCAGGGAUAAGGCUACGAUGUCACAUACUCUUGCUGUCGGUGCCAGGCUACAGUCUAUAGCCACUAGCAAGGCGUUGCGAUAAAGGAUGUGACCAGAAGAGGUUACAAUGGAUGUCACAUAGUAGGGACUAAAAGCACCAAGACAUGUGGCUUAGGGAAGGUCCCUGGUCAAUCCAUUCUCUGCAGAAGUAGUGUUUCUCCAGGAAGCACUGUCCUCGUGUGCAUCCAAUAAGGCUCUUGUGUUUGGCCUGUUCUACAUAUGGAAUAGCUUAUCAUCUCCAUCUAUCAGGAACUUGUGUGUGGGCUGUCACACAUAUGGAAUAGAUCCUCAUCUCCAACCGCAUGAUGGCAAGUGCACCAGCAAGCGUAAGAAAUAGUGUUCACUAAAACUAAUGCAACGUUGGUUUUCUCUAUAUGUCUCUAGUGGAUAAACCCAGUUUUUGCUGAUAAAUUUAGUGUUUUGUGCCAAACUCCUGUACAUUUAAGUAGGUUGGCAUGAGAAAUCACGGGAACCUCGUCGGAAGUCUCACAAAAUGUUUUUUUUAUUCAUCAAUUGAUUUAACCCUACGUGUAAUAUACCAGAGAUCCAUAUAUGAAGACACAAUUUCAAGACGUGCUUCGCCUGUCCCACCAAAGCCUUCAUUGAUAACAAAAAAACGGGAUGACGACCAUGAACUAAAGCAAGAACCAUUUUUACUCAAAGAUUCAGAUAAAGGUGAGGAAAGUUUGCAGUUCACAUUCAAGUGUAUUGAGGAAGCUAUGUGUCAACCGGAAAUGUAUGUAUUAGGACUGCAAAAAAUGCUGUCAACUGUAAAAACACACAAAACUAUUGAACAGCAGUUACGUGAUGAAAACAAUACCCUCCAAAUAUCUGUCGAAGAACACAAGAGCAAUGUUAUCAAUUUAAAUGCAGUAUUGCAGGAUGCAUUGGAAACCGUCAAAAUAAAACAUGAAACGUCAACAAGGAUGGAAGAUGAAUUAAAAUCAUUAAAAGUAGCACUAUUACAGAAAGAAGAAGAAAUUAAGAAAAAGGUGACUGAAUAUAAAGGUAAAAUAUCUGCACUGGAAAUUGAACAGGCAACUUCUAUCAAUGAAUACAAAAUCACUAUUGAAAAACUCAACAAAAAGAUAAAUGCACUGAAUGAAGUUAAUGAAUUGCAAAUUGAGAAAAUUACUGAUCUAUCCACUGAGUUACAGCAAAGAAACGUCGAUCUAGAAACAAUUCAAACACAUGAUGAACAUGUUUUAAACAUCCAAAGACAAAAUGAAACCAAAAUGGAAGAUCAAUUUAAAACAUUAAAGGUAGCACUAUUACAAACAGAAGAAGAAAUUCAGAAAAAGGUGACAGAAAAUGAAGGUAAAAUAUCUGCACUGGAUAUUAAAGAGGAAACUACUUUAAAUGAACACAAAGACACUAUUGAAAAUCCCAACAACAAGAUAAAUGCACUAAAUAGAUCAAUUCAAAAACAUUGUGAACAGGAUAAAUUUAAUAGAAGAAAAAAAGAAUCAUGUGAUGUAGCUAACACUGGUUUUAAAACAAGUAAAAUUGAAUUAAGAUACAUGAGAGAGGAAGUAUUAACUAAACUGACGGAAAAAAUGAGACAAUCAAGAAGCAAACAUCAGCUCGAUUUUGGUGCAUGGUCGCUUGACGUUGAAGGGAGAAUGUUAUUGCAAGGAGUACGCAUGCAUUUGGAGAGCGAAAUAAAGAACAUAAAAUCUGAAAUUGAGGUACAAAAACAUUCGCAAAUGACGGCCGAAAAAUCUGCAAUCAGCCAAAUAGAUUACCUUAAAAAGAAGAUUCAAAAACAAAGAGACCACCAACUUGUGGCAGAAACAUUCUCAAACGAAGAAAUUACAAAGUUGGAAGAGGCCAUGAAGAACCAAAAAAGAUCUCUGAAACUGAUUGAAUCGUUUGCAGAAACAGAAAUAUCUACAUUAGAAGACGAAAUAGAGGAACGAAAACGAAUCCAGUCAGCAGCCGAAAAGUUUGCAGAAAAAGAAUUGGACAAACUUGAGAUUCAGCUUAGAGAACAAAAAUCCAAUCAAAGAUUUGCCAAGAAAAAUGCACGUGCAGAAAUCUUGAAACUGGAAGAGGCCAUAGAGAACCAGAAAAGAUCUCUUAAACUAGCUGAAACGUUUGCAGAAACUGAACUAUCUACAUUAGAGGAACGGAUUAAAAAGAAGGAAAACACACUCAAGCAGGUCCAAAUAUUUGCCGAGGGAGAGAUAACGAGACUUGAAGAAGAAGUAAAUGGAUGUUUACAUUUGAUAAACGUUUUGGAAGCAGAGGCUGCGUCUUUGAGGUCUGACGGGGGCAAACCAACUAAGUCGACGAAUGAUAAUGGACCACAGUUAGGUAAAAUGUACCAUAUGGAAAGAGACAUGAAACAGAAGAACGUAUAUCAACAAAUGAAACUUGAUGAAAAGGAACGUGAAAUCGAAGAAUUAAAAGGUCAAACAUCGAUAUCUGAGGAAUCCAAGAUCCACAUGGACGGUUGGUUGGAUGUUUCAAAGUUUGGCUGGGAUAAAUUGUUUGUGGUCGUGAGCCUGCAUUACGUGACUUUCUUCGAAAGCCUUGAGAAAAAGCAGAAAGCUUCGCCAGUAUUUGAGCUUGACAUUUACUCGAUUUUGGAAGUUAGAAGUGCCAAAUGGGAAGAAGUUCCGGAACUGACAACCAAAGAUGUGUCCAGAAAAUUUGUGUUGGUAUAUGACAAAGCAGGUGAAAAAGUACAUGGUCCGUUGUUGCCUAAGAAAAAGAAAAACUCGGGAUACCACUGCCUUAGACGGGCUCUAGCUGAUGACGCUGAUGAAUCCAACAGCGGAAAACUUAUAUUACAAGCAGAUACUAAAAAUAAAACAAGGGACUGGGUAGACCACAUCUCGAAGAUUUGUAUAUUGUCAGCAAAUACAGGGAAUAAACAUGUACAAAAGUGACUGAACAAACUGGACAAGGGGUCCUGUUAAAGCAAAAAACGACAGACAAUUAAGGUGGAGUAUUCUGAUCAGUUAAUCAUCAGAUAGGGGUCUUUAAACUGUUUGAAAUGUGUCACACAUUGUUAGUUUAAACAUUAUAUAUUUAAAAACAAUUGUGGCCAACUUUCCGCAAACUUUCAAUCCGAAAUGUCGGGCCUGGCUGAGUCAUUGAUGGCUAAGCAUGUUCCGCCUCUAAAUAAAAGUAUUCACUUGUAGCCGUUUGGAACUUAAAGAAUUUGAGAACACCGCACUGUGUAGAAAAUUGCAAUCAUUACCAAAAGAAGCAGACCAAGCUGAACAAUACAGUCGCCAAAACUGCUUGUUAGCGAUGGUUUUGAUCAAGGAAAGUUUCGGUAACGUUAACGUUAUAACCUCUCAUGAUAAACUAUCUGCACGACUCUCCACUCGCUCCUACGCCGAAGUUGCCCAGUCAGCGACACACUUGACCAAGUGACCUAAAAUUUUGUUCAUCUGUUUACUCCAGUUUUCAACGGUUUAAAUAUAUAUAUAUACUAUUUUACGCACGUGUGUAAGGUGAUUUUAUCCUGUUGUAGAAUAAAGUAUGUCUGUUGUGGCGUCUUAUUUAUUCCAUAUAGAUGCAUACACAUUAAUAUUUAACCAUGCUAUAUAAAAAAAACUUAAGUUCUUAAACUUGAAGCUUAUCUUUUAAUAUUUCCUUUUCACAAGUAUUUAUUUAUUUAUUUUUACUUUGAAAUCUAAUGAGAUACAUAGUGUGUCCAUAAAUCAUAGGAAUUUUUAUUUUCUAACUAUUUAUCAUAAUUUACAACUCUCUAUGCCAAGUUCAUGUAAUGUUUUGUCUGUUUCAUUACAUUAAUAUUUUAUAUGUGUUUUCCUUUAAAAUUGUAUGAGAAAUAGUGAUUACACGAACAUUUGAUCAAUUAAUUAUUAACACUUGCUGAUUUGUGAAGAUUUCUUAGUCACUAUGUUUAUUUUGCUUAUUAUAUUAUUUUUUUUCACUAUGAUAAUAUUA